CGAAUCAGAGUCCGCACCCUCACCGGCAAAGAAAUCGAGCUGGACAUCGAGCCCGACUACAAAGUGCAAAAGAUCAAGGAGCGCGUCGAGGAGAAGGAAGGGAUUCCACCGGUUCAGCAGCGGUUGAUUUAUGGUGGGAAGCAGAUGAACGACGAGAAGACAGCUGCGGAGUACCAACUCGAAGGCGGCGCGACGUUGCAUCUGGUGCUUGCGUUGAGAGGUGGAGUGGCUUGA